UCUCUCUCGUUCGUUAUCCUCUUCUUGUGGCUCUUAUGGCGUCCCCAUGGCCUCCUCUCGUUUCUUUCCUAUCUUUCCCUCGCUCCCCUUUCGAAUUAGGGCACGCGCGACUCUCUCUUCUCCAUGACGACCGUGGCGUGCAGGAUCUCCGCCGCUGGAGCAAUGCUCUUCUCCGCCUCCCCUCGACCGCACCGCAACCACCCCGUGAUCAUCCCCCAUACCCUCCCUCGUCGUCGCCUGACGACCCUGCGGAGCCCCGAUCGGAUCGCCUGCAAGGCCACCGAGGUCUCCGAGGUGGAGGAGGGGGAGCCGGCUGUGGCGGCGGCCAAGGACGCUGACGGCGGCAUGAACUGGGUCCCCGUCGUCCCGUUGGCGGCGCUGCCCAAGGGGGAGCGCCGCGUCAUCAUUCAGGACGGGGAGACGAUCCUGUUGCUCUGGUACAAGGAUGACGUCGUCGCGAUAGAGAACCGGUCACCGGCCGAGGGGGCAUACACCGAAGGCCUCUUCAACGCCAAACUCACGCAGGAUGGCUGCAUUGUUUGUCCGACUACAGAUAGCACAUUUGAACUUCGAACCGGAGAGAUCAAGGAAUGGUACCCCAAAAAUCCUGUUCUUAGGGUCCUUACACCACCUUUGAGGAAACUUUAUGUGUACCCUGUCAAACUAGAUGGAGAGAACAUCUAUAUCAGCAUGAGAGGAGGUUCUGCAGGAUCCGCAGAGAUUGUUUUCAGUGGAAGAGCUCAGCCCGGUAUGACGGCAUCAGAUGUCAAUGUGGAGGAGGUUAGGAUGGUAGUUGAUGAGGAUUCUGAAGGAUUUGGUUUCACAGGAAAAAAUGAACUACUAAAUGGGAAGGCAGCCAUAAUUGGCUUCUUACUAUUGAUAGAUUUUGAGCUUUUAACUGGUAAAGGUCUUCUCAAGGGGACAGGUUUCUUGGACUUCAUCUAUUCAGUUUCGAAGGCUUUUGAAUCCUUUUAGGCAUUUCUUCAUUUCCUCAUCAAGUUGUUGGAACGUCAGUAAUGUUCAUAAUCUGCAGAAGGUGACUUAUUGCAGGUUUUUCAGUAUUGGCAUGGUUGAGUUAAUGGACAUAGCACAUGUUGUAAGUGUUUGCUGAAAGCAACAUGAUCCUUAUCACUUAAAAAAGAUCUGGUGAUAUAUAUGUUGUUAAUCAUAUAGUGAUUGUAGACCUAAAUUAGUACCAACCUAUAUGUCAACAGAGAUGUCAAAUUUGUCUUGCGGUUUUUUCAAUACAGAUAUGUUUACCAGAUUUCUUUUCUCUUAUUUAUUUGGAUGAUCCUCUGUCUCGACAGCCAGAUGUAUAAUUAUAUAUUUAGUGAUAAGCAACA